AUGGCAAAAGUUAAACACACGUUUAUUAUCGUCGAUGCAGGCAAAGGUGUUCCCCUCGUCCUUGGACACUACUAUACUGGCUCCAGUGAUGCCACAGCGGGCGAUCUACUCGACUAUAUUCGCACUCACACAUUCGGCUCCAUCUCGCUGAUGCCGACUUCGGAUAUUGCGGAAGAUGUCGUCAGUUUUGAAGGGGCUCGGAGCAUCAUGCAAGUGAAGGAAAGGAGGUUCGAAUGGGCCGUGGAUGAAGUUAUGCGGGUCUGCGAGUUUUGGUCCAAGGAUGCCCCCCUUUCUGAAAUCCUGGAUUCUAAGGGCCGAACCCUCUACUUUAUUGUGCUCUGUACGGUCUCGAAGCCGAAUCUUGACACUAUCACGGAGGAAGCACUCGAUCGACGUACUGCCAAUAUUCCAAGUAUUCGUAAGGCUUUACUUUCGCCUGAAUGGAGGCAGCAACUGUGUACUGAUCAAAACGCCCUCAGACCCGCUGUGAUGCACUUCCUGGAGGGGACGUUCCAUGAGGCGACCCUUCAAUAUGGAAGGCCAUCCUUUAAGCCGGAUGGCCACGAGCGGGUCGCCUGUGGGCUAUUCGAUCCGCUUGUCCAAUACUCAGAUAUGCUCCUUCGCAUCGAUGAGGUCAAAAACGGUGUCGGCCUUGGCAAUUGUGAUGCUAUAGACCAGGCCGCCAAGGGUUACCUAAUUGUAACCAUUAGGCAAUUAGCGCCUGGUCUCGUCAAGAACUUCGCGACUAGUCCUCUAAUUCCAAUACUCCCACUACACCCUAUUCAUGAUAUUCAUUCGGCUACAUUACUUGUAGAAAUAACCGUUUCUUCGCAGUUACUCGGGCGUACGGAAUAG